UAAACACCCAAUAUGUACUCAGGGUUCUGCACACAACUCCAGCCAGGUAUAAAACAAGCAGUAUGGAAGGUGAUCAUUACAUGCAUGUUAAGGCAAAGUUAACAGGGUACUACAAACUAUCAACCAAUCAGAGUCAAAAUGCCAAAUUACAAGGUGACUGUGCACACACACAACAUCGCAACUGCCACCACGAUGAACAACAUCUUCAUCAAGCUGAUUGGUGAAAAAGGAGAGAGUAAGCGCACGUGGCUCACUAGCAUGAAGGGAGUAUUCUAUCAAGACACAGGGUCUCGUGAAUUUGACGUGGUGUGCCCCUUUUCACUCGGCAAGCUGGUGCUGAUAGAGCUGGACAAACAGCCCCUCCCACUCUUCCCCCUGGAUGCCUGGUUCCCAUCCAAGGUUGUCGUGACGACGCCAGAGAGAGGCACAUGCCAGUUCCCUAUCUACCGUUGGAUUAUGGACAAGGAAGUGCACCUGUUCAGAGAGGGCACAGCUAAAAGGCUCUGUGAUGAAACUAAUCAUCUUGCCAGGUACAGCAGGGAACUAGAGAUGAAGACGAGAACUGAGCUGUACUGCUGGGAUACCUACAAGCAGGGUUUCCCUGGCAGCAUGAAGGCAGACAACCCUCUGGAUCUUCCCAGCGAGAUCCAAUUCUCAUUCACCAAGGCCACCCAGUUCCUCUUCACCGCCGGCACCGGGAUCACUGAGCUGAAUCUAAUGGGGUAUUCUGACAGCAAGAAGAGCUGGAAAAGCAUUGAUGAAAUCAGCAAUGUCUGCCUCAAUAGAACUGUCAUCUCAGACUACGCACAGAAGCACUGGAAGGAAGACGAGUUUUUCGGGUACCAGUAUCUGAACGGCUGCAACCCCAUUUUGAUCCGUCGCUGCUCUGAGUUGCCAGCAAAUUUCCCCGUCACAGAAGACAUGGUCAAGCCCUCUCUUCGUGGAUCGUCCAGCCUCCUAAAGGAAUUGCAGAGCGGCAACAUAUUCCUGCUUGACUACAAGAACCUGGAUGGAUUAAAGGCAAACGUGAUCCAUACGAAAAAACAGUACAUGGCGGCUCCUCUGGUUCUGCUCUACAGAACCCCUGAUGACAAGCUGGUUCCCAUCGCCAUCCAGCUGAAGCAGAAGCCUGCAAAAGACAACCCAAUCUUCCUUCCUACUGACUCUGAGUAUGACUGGCUCCUGGCCAAGAUCUUUGUGAGGAGCGCUGACUUUCAAGAGCACCAGCUCAACGUCCACCUGCUGCGCACUCACCUCCUUGCUGAGGUGUUCGCUGUAGCACUGCUGCGCAACAUGCCCAUGGUGCACCCCCUCUACAAGCUUCUGAUUCCACACACCCGCUACACCCUCCAGAUCAACCUCUUGGCCCGGGCAUUUCUAAUAGCUGAUGAAGGAGUUUUCCCUCAGUUUGCUGCUUCGGGCGGAGAGGCGAUGAAUGAGAUCCUGAGGAGAUCUGUGGCCUCAUUGACCUACAGCUCCCUCUGUAUGCCGGAAGACAUCACUGCACGAGGUCUGGAGUCAGUCCCCAACAACUACUACAGGGAUGAUGGACUCAAGCUGUGGGACAUCAUCCACAGGUUUGUAGAGGAAGUGAUUCGUUUCUAUUACAAGAGUGACUCAGAGGUCCGGGAAGACCAGGAAGUACAGAACUGGAUCAAGGAUAUCUUUGACCAUGGCUUCCUGGCCCAAGAAUGCACAGGAAUCCCUCAGUCUUUCUCUACUGUGCCAGAGGUCGUCAAGUUCGUCACCGUGGUGAUCUUCACCUGCUCAGGCCAGCAUUCUGCUGUCAACUCUGGACAGUAUGACUAUGGUGGCUGGAUGCCCAACACCCCCAUCUCCCUGCAACAGCCACCUCCCACCACUAAGGGGCAGUCUACUGAGAGCACCAUGCUGAAGACCUUCCCAGAUGUUGGCACAACAGCACAGGGCAUGUCCACCAUGUGGCUCCUUAGCAAGCAAUCCAGUGACUUUGUGACCCUUGGCCAGUACCCAGAGGAGCACUUCAACGAGAUACCACCCUGCAGGAUGAUUCAGAAAUUCCAGACGGAUCUGAAGGUCUUCAGCGAGUCCGUCAAGGCCAGGAACUCUGGACUACCAAUUCCAUACACCUACAUGGACCCUGCUUUGGUGGAGAACAGCGUGGCCAUUUAGAUAAGCCAAGGGCCUAGACCAGGGUCAAGUUCAUU